UGGACACUACAUGGGCUGUUAUCUCAUGGAGUGUACCUAGUUAUAUUCCAUCAGACUAUCCCAUUAUCACAUAUGAGAAUAGGAUAUCAUAUUCUUUUUGACAAAUGUUGCUGUUCAACAAUAGACAAUGAUGACAUUGAUAAUCAAAAGCUACAGCUUUCUAAUUCAACUAAUGGCAAUACAUUUACUGCUAGAAUCAAUAAUCUUGAUGCUAUGUCUUGUUAUAUUUUUGGUGUACGUGCAUACACAGACAGAGGACCUGGUGGAUGGGUCUUUAUUGCUAAUGAGACAUUGAUCAGUACUCAAUUUGUGACACUAACACUAGUAACUACUCAAGAAGUAGAAUCAACUAAUACAGUAUCAGGAGCUGUUGAUGGUGCUAGUAUUGGACUGGGUGCAGUGGUUGGAUUAUUAUUAAUAUCACUAGCUGUUAGUAUCAUUAUUCACAUCUACUGCUUUAUCAAGCUUAAAACCUAUGAUGCAACCACUGCUAAGCAAACCAAGUUUGUUGAUGAUAUACCAAUGCAAGCCUGUGAACCAUAUGGUAUUCACAAGACUAAAGAUGUUACAAAAGAGGCAGUAUAUGAGUGUCCUGAUGUCAAUGUUAAUGAUACUGCUAUUUAUGAAGAAACAUAACUUAUGAAACACAGCAGUAUAAAAUGUCAGUGUGCUUGUAUAAUUUUGUCACUGGAUAGCAACAUAAAUAUACACAAAUACCAUAGAUACAUGUGUAUUAUAUCUAUGCAAAUGCAUACAUACUUUUCUAGAUAUAGAUUUCAGUUCUGGAGUGUCACUGUAUUCAUACUGCUCAUGGCUACUCUAUUAUACUGUAUUUACGAUUUGUAAUCACAUUGGUGUUAUUAUAACUACUUUCGGUGUCCAGUUAGUCAAAUUUUUGCAGUGUUUGUUAUUUAUUCUAUUGAUGCUAUCUAAUCAA